AUGGCGAGCCCUUACCAGCAAACUGCCGGCCUCCAAGACUGCUCGUCUAACACUGGCAGCUCGUCCGAAUCUAUCUACGCGACUCUUCUCCGAGCUGGCUUCGCCCACAACUGCUUCGAAUUCCCCGACCCGAGUUACGUGACGUCGCCGCCAUUCGCUGAUUGCUUCUAUUCCUCCGGAGAAGAGGACCUAGCCACGUCAUCCGAUGGCGCGUCGGGAGUCUGCGAAGAGCUCGACCUGGCCUUUGAGCCACCCCGACAGCCGACUUCUCCAGGCCGUGUCCAGGAGGAUAAAGACGUGUUCUCUGCGACAAGAACUGUCAUCUGUGACUCGGACCAGAGCUUGAGUAGCAGCAGCAACGGGAGGGAGUCUAUAACACCGGAGGAGUCGGCGUCCAUGGCGACUGCAGUAGCGUGCCCCAGGGUCUUCGAGGUGGGGGAGGCUUCAGCUUCGUUUUUGUGCCCUUUCCCUUUUCCGGAAGAAGACGAAGGAGGCGCGGACAGCGGCUGUUCGGAGGAGAAGCCCCGCAAGGAGCGCACGGCCUUCAGCAAGCACCAGGUGCAGGAGCUGGAGUCGGAGUUCGCGCAGCGCAACUACCUCACCAGGCUUCGGCGCUACGAGAUCGCCCUGGCGCUGGACCUCACCGAGAGACAGGUGAAGGUGUGGUUCCAGAACCGACGAAUGAAGUGGAAGCGCACCCGAGGUGCCACCCACGUGGCUCCGACAGAGAGAAUGCAGAGAAACGCUUCGGCCGGACUCGUCCUGUCCGCUUGCCUGACUGCGGGCAGCGUAGAAGAGGACGGCCACUACGCUGCGGACGACUCCGGGGACGCAGGCCAAGGGGCACCGCUACUGCAACCAUCCUCUCUUCGGCACUUUCUUCCAUACAAACCUUCUUGA